GCCAUGGAGCCGCGGCGGUGACAGCGCCGUCCCGCAGCGCCCGCCGUGAGCGGGGCCGCCGCCCGCAGACAUGGAUGAACAAGAGGCCUUGAAGUCCAUCAUGAAGGACCUGGUGGCACUCCAGAUGGGCAGGCGCCACCGCCUGCCCGGGUAUGACACCAUGAAGAAUAAGGACACUGCUCACUCCAACAGACAGAAAAAACACAAUGCCAGCAGUCCCCCCCUCUUGGGCAGCCCUGCAAUAAUGAACCAGUGUGCCUCUGCAGUGGAAGAAAAAAAAAUUCCGAAUGAUGUCAGGAUAAAGUUUGAACAUAAUGGGGAGAGACGGAUUAUUCCGUUUGUCCGUCCCGUGCGCUACGAAGACGUGCAGCAGAAAGUGAAAACAGCCUUUGGGCAGCCCCUGGACCUCCACUACAUGAACAACGAGCUCUCUAUUCCUUUGAAAAACCAAGAUGACCUGGAUAAAGCUGUGGAUCUCUUGGACAGGAGCUCAAAUGUGAAAAGCCUGAGGAUACUGUUGCUGUCCCAGGACAGAAACCAUAGCAGUUCUUCACCCCACUCUGGACUGCCCAAGCAAGUCAGGAUUAAAACUUCCCAAUCUGUAGGGGAUGUGAGCACACCCUACCAGCAGCCAGAGCCCAGAAGCAGACAUCUGUCUGUCAGCUCCCAGAACACGGGCCGCAGCUCUCCCCCGCCCGGCUACGUCCCCGAGCGGCAGCAGCGCAUCGCCCGCCAGGGCUCCUACACCAGCAUCCACAGCGAGGGCGAGUUCAUCCCCGAGACCAGCGAGCAGUGCAUGCUGGACCCUCUAAGCAGUGCUGAAAACUCAGUGUCAGGAAGCUGCCAGUCCUUGGACAGCCCUUCUUUUCGGAAGUCACGGAUGUCAAGGGCACAGAGCUUUCCUGACAACAGGCAGGAGUUCUCAGACCGUGAGAAUCAGAUCUAUGACAAGGCAGGCAAAGGUGGCACCUACCCUCGGCGCUACAACGUCUCCAUGCAGCACAAGGACUACAACGAUGGCCGGAGGACGUUUCCCCGGAUCCGACGUCACCAAGGGAAUCUCUUCACCCUGGUGCCCUCGAGCCGCUCGCUGAGCACCAACGGGGAGAACCUGGGGCUGGCCCUGCAGUACCUGGAGCCGCGGGGCCGCCUGCGCAGCGCCGACAGCGAGAACGCGCUGGGAGUGCAGGAGAGGAACAUGGCCACCAAGUCUCCCAGUGCUCCCAUGAACUGGCGCCGGGGGAAGCUGCUGGGCCAGGGCGCCUUCGGCCGCGUGUACCUGUGCUACGACGUGGACACGGGCAGAGAGCUGGCAGCCAAGCAGGUCCAGUUUGAUCCAGAGAGCCCCGAAACAAGCAAGGAGGUGAGUGCUCUGGAGUGUGAAAUUCAGCUGCUGAAGAAUCUCCAGCACGACCGUAUUGUGCAGUAUUACGGCUGCUUAAGGGAUCGAGCAGAGAAGACCUUGACCAUCUUCAUGGAGUACAUGCCAGGGGGGUCAGUGAAGGACCAGCUGAAGGCGUACGGGGCCCUGACGGAGAACGUGACGCGCAAAUACACGCGGCAGAUCCUCGAGGGCGUCUCGUACCUGCACAGCAACAUGAUCGUGCACAGGGACAUCAAGGGUGCCAAUAUUCUCCGUGACUCUGCUGGGAACGUGAAGCUCGGGGACUUUGGGGCCAGCAAGAGGCUGCAGACAAUCUGCAUGUCGGGGACCGGCAUCCGCUCCGUCACGGGCACCCCGUACUGGAUGAGCCCGGAGGUGAUCAGCGGCGAGGGCUACGGCAGGAAGGCAGACGUGUGGAGCCUGGGCUGCACCGUGGUGGAGAUGCUGACAGAGAAGCCCCCCUGGGCAGAGUACGAGGCCAUGGCAGCCAUCUUCAAAAUCGCCACGCAGCCCACCAACCCCCAGCUGCCCUCCCACAUAUCAGAACAUUGCCGGGACUUCCUAAAGCAGAUCUUUGUGGAAGCCAGGCACAGACCCUCUGCUGAAGAGCUGCUCAGACACCAGUUUGCACAGCUCCAGUACUGAAUUACCUCCCUCGCUCGCAGCUCCUGCCGGGCUCGCCGUGCCCUGUCUUGUCCAGUUGCCCCUUGUGUGGUGCUGCAUCUUCAGAAUGCCAGCUCAGCUAGGCCUAGUCCUUUGGGAAGUUCUGCCAAGGAACUUUGGGUCUGCUCUCGUGCCUGAUUCCUUCUUGUGCUGGAUUAAUGCUCAUCCUGCCGACAGCUGUCCAAGCAGAGCUGCAUUUUUGCCCCAGAUUUUGUUACCUGGAUGUGACCUUGCAGCUGGCUGCGUGUUUUCUGCAGGAAGGGGAAUCUGACAAGUGUCAUCUCUGGUUGAACAUAGGAGAAACCUGAACCCAAGUGGGAGCUGGAAGAGCUCCACUCUGGCCAAAACAGAAACAUGCACCAGCCUCCAGACCAGCUCUGCCUGUGGAGUCCCUGGUUUUUCUCUCCUGGGGCUCCACAGGUGUCUCCAGUACCUGAAUCCAGCAAAAAGCCAUGUGUCAUGCCCACUAUAGUAUGGUAUAUUUUUCUUCUUGAGUAUUCAGCAUCUGAAGGUGUUCAGAAGAUAUUGAUUCAAAAGUAUGUGAAUAGUGUUAUUUUAUAAUGAACCCAUGGAUUUGGGGCUGGGGGUGAGGGAGUUCUUUCCAGCUAAAUGUCAGGAUAAUCAGACAAGUUUCAGCAGAAUGCAAUCACUCCAGGGCCUGAGGGAAGGGCUCUCCCAUUAACUUUGGAAAAUCUGGAGCUAGGUUUGAUCUGUCCCAGCAUUCAGACAGUGCCACUUAGUUUGUGUCAUACCAAACAAAUCUGUGCUCCUGCUUCCUCUCUCUGGGGCUGCUGGGUCCAAACAAAACCCCUCUGGAAGGGAAUUCAGUGGAAUUCAGCUUCCUCCUGCAUCUGUCUCUUUGGCUGGUAACUGUUUACCAUCCUUUUAACCAAAGAUAGUCAGUCUGGUACCCAGGAAAUUACUUCAGAGUUUCUUUGAGCACAUGGAAAAUGGAAAAUUGAGGGUUUCUUGGGGAGAAUUACCUGGACACUUGUGUUGUGCACAGGGAGCUGGAAUCAAGCUCAGCCUUGCUGUGCAUUGUUUGAAUUACAGGUGUG